AAAUGUACUAGAGACAUAUAGUGUAAAUUGAGCGAUUAUUUUGUAUGAAAUUAAUAGAAAUUAUUUAACAUGUUUUUAAUAUAAUAUAGAUAACCUAGCAAAUAUGAAAAAUCAUUCUUGUGUAGUUACUCACGGUCAUCAUACUGAUAUUGCUUUGAAGAUUUAUAGUAACCGCAUAUUAUUAAUCAUAACACAUUUUAAAAAAUUUGGAUCGCUGAUAGCCAUAAGCCGUGGAUCUUCAUUCAAUCAGUAUAAUAAUAGUAUAUAUUCUACCAAAGUAUUGUUUGGGAAAGAUGAUGUUGAACUUGUGGCAGCUGCCCGAUAUAUAGCAGAGCAAAUUAAUGUAGAUAAACCAUUAUUAAUUUCAAUAUCUUUAAAGGAUUAUGAACCAGAUACUUUAAAACCUAUAGUUGCAGCUAUAAAUGAUAUGAAAGUGUGAGAACCAAAUAUGAGUUUAAUAUUUGGUCAAUUAGUUAUUGGCCCACCUGGGAGUGGAAAAACUACAUAUUGUUAUGCUAUGGCCAAAUUUUUGGAGAAGCUUGGAAGAAAAGUAGCUGUUAUUAAUAUUGGUAAAAAUCCUGCAAAUGAAAACAUGCAAUAUACACCAACAGUAGAUAUAUCUGAAUUAAUUAAACAUGAGGAAGUAAUGUCACACUAUGGACUUGGUCCAAACGGAGCACUGGUGUACUGUAUGGAAUUUUUAGAAGCUAAUAUAAAAUGGUUAAUUACAAAAGUUUUAAAUUUGAAAGAUCAUUAUCUUAUAUUUGAUUGUCCAGGGCAGGUUGAGUUAUAUACACAUCACAAUUCAGUUAGUGUAAUUGCCGAAAAAUUAGGACAAAAUUUAGUAAGAUUAUGUAGUGUGCACCUUGUUGAUUCUCAUCAUUGCAGCGAUGCUGGUAAAUACUUAUCUUCUUUAAUUCUUUGCACAACAACUAUGUUAAAAUUAGGUUUACCUCAUGUUAAUGUGAUGACCAAAUUUGAUGAAAUGAAAAAAUUUAGUCACUGCCUAGAUUUUAAUAUAGAUUUCUAUACAGAAGUGUUGGAUUUGAACUAUUUGCUAGAUAAAUUGGAUGAAGGCCCUUUUACAUCAAAAUACAAAAAAUUAAAUGCAGCAUUUGUAUCACUCGUAGAAGAUUAUAGUCUUGUUAGCUUUAUACCAUUAGAUAUUUCUAAUCAAACAUUGUUAUUACAAGUAAAAAAUGCAGUGGAUAAGGCUAACGGUUAUAUUUUUGGCGGUAACGAACCUCAAGAUGUUCAAACUUUACUUGCUUGUGCUGUAGGAGCAAUGAGUGAAACUGAGAAAAUGUCUACAAUAGAUGCUUAUUUUUAAAGAAUUUAUUUUAUAAAAA